UCCGGCAUGCAGGGUGGCAGCAGCGAGGACGGCGGCCUGGGCCGCGCGGUGUGCGUGCUGACCGGCGCCUCCCGUGGCUUCGGCCGGGCCUUGGCACCGCUCCUGGCUCGGCUGCUGUCGCCCGGCUCCGUGCUGGUCCUAAGCGCCCGCAACGACCAGGCGCUCCGGCAGCUGGAGGCGGAGCUGGACGCCGCGCGGCCCGGGCUGCGCGUGGUGCGGGUGCCUGCCGACCUGGGCGUCCAGGCCGAUUUGCAGCGACUGCUCGGCGCCGUGCGCGAGCUGCCCAGGCCCGAGGGGCUGCAGCAGGUGCUGCUUAUCAACAACGCGGGCACUCUUGGGGAUGUGUCCAAAGGCUUCGUCGACCUGGCCGACCCAGCUGAAGUGAACAACUACUGGGCUCUCAACUUGACCUCCAUGCUCUGCCUGACUUCCAGCAUCCUGAAGGCCUUUCCGGACAGCCCUGGCCUCAGCAGGACCGUGGUUAACAUCUCGUCCCUCUGUGCUCUGCAGCCCUUCAAGGGCUGGGGAUUGUACUGUUCGGGGAAGGCUGCCCGUGACAUGAUGUUCCAGGUUCUAGCCGCAGAGGAACCUGGUGUGAGGGUGCUGAGCUAUGCCCCAGGUCCCCUGGAUACAGACAUGCAGCAGUUGGCGCGGGAGACCUCGAUGGACCCAGACUUACGCAAUAGGCUGCAGGACCUGAAGACAAAAGGGGAGCUCGUGGACUGUAAGAUGUCCGCCCAGAAACUACUAAGCUUGCUGCAAAAGGACACGUUCAAGUCUGGAGCCCAUGUUGACUUCUACGAUAAAUAAGCCAAUGUCCUUGGCUUCCUGGGGCUUUCUAUCCCCCUCUCAGGCAUACCCAGGAGCUCUUUGUGACGCACCCCCCGCAACCUGCCACAGGGGCACUGCCAACCCUGCCUUACCCACUUAUACCUACUGUCCUGCCCUCAGAUCCUGGCAGUGAGGGCCUCGGGUCCCUGGAAUCCCAGUUCUUUUUUUUUUUUUUUUUUUUAAGAUUUUUAUUUAUU